AUGCCUCCGAAAAAGGAAAGCGCCGCUACCAAAGACGCAGCUAAAGAAGUUCCAAAACCCUCGGAUGUUUACGAAUUACAUGCCAAAGUACUCUGUCAGCACUUGGAUAAUCUUUAUUAUGAAGCGAAAAUUAUCAAUGUGGAACAUGGCCUUGAUGGUGAACCCAUUUAUACUGUUCAUUAUCAGGGUUGGAAUCAACGACAUGACGAAAAAAUUAAGCAUAGCAGCACACGUAGUCGUUUUCUAGAAUAUACAACGGCUAAUGUGGAACGAGCAAAGGCGGAAAUGAGAGAUGCUCAGGCUCGGUUAGCGCAAAACAAACGGCGUAGUCGGAAAUCAAAUGUUUUGGAUGAGAAACGUAGCGGUGGAGCUGAUAGCCGAGGGAGUACACCAUCGGAUAAACGUGGGACAUCGACAAGUCGAGCUGCUAGCAUUGUAUCAGAUAAAGGAACUGUACGAAAGCGUAAACCAGGUACACAACUGGAGAGCGAGCCGGUUUCGGAUUUUAUCCGGAAGAAUGAAAUUAAAAUUGAUAUACCAUCAGUAUUGAAAGACAUUCUGGUCGAUGAUCACGAUAUGAUUAAUCGUCAGAUGUAUCUUCCACGACUUCCGGCACGUCACACGGUAGCUGGCAUUGUUCGUCAGUAUGCAGAUUAUAUGGGUACAUGUGUGGAAGCGAAAGAUACUUUGACAUUUGAAUUUGGAAGCGAUGAUACGCAGCUGAAUUCGAUGGUAGUUACUCUGGUUGAAAGCAGCUACGGUAUACAGGAUUAUUUUAACAGUUCAUUGGGAUUACAACUGUUGUACAAAUUUGAGCGACCUCAGUAUGCCGAUCUCCUUGCUCAACAUAAGGAUAAACAGGAAGGAACAAAAGAUGCGAAGAAAAAACGUAGCAAUGACGCAGCUGAUGGUGACGAUUCACCUACAGACGAUUAUGACAAGUUUAAGCCUUCGGAAUACUAUGGUUUCAUUCAUCUUCUUCGUCUCUUUGUUCGUUUCGGGCAUAUGUUGGGGCUUACAAAUUGGAGUGAACGAACAAUUGAAACUAUUGUGAACCAAGUGCACAAUUUUUUGAAAUUCCUUGAAGUUAAUCGUCAUAAAUUUUUUGAUAUUGAAACAGAUUACGAAGUCGCACCACCAGAAUAUCAACGACGGGUUUGGAGCUCAUAG